AUGACCAUGAACGAGACCAUUCGUAUCAUCGGCAUGCUCAGGGCCUCUGCCGCUCAGAACGCUGACCAGGCCAAGCUCAAGGAGCGCGAAGCUUUCUUUGCCUCGGCCAACGAGACCCGCAAGAAGCUUAGGACUGCAGCAGCUGCCCGCAAGUCCACCUCCGUCUCUCUUCUUGAAGACCUCAUCUACGCGACCAAGCACGGCGUACCCUACCCCAACGAGCCCCUGACGUACGAGGCCAAGGUCGCCGCUGAUCGCAUCCUCGUCACCCUCAACAAAGCCAUUGCCCGUGAGACCAUCCUCGUCGUCCCCAACGUCCAGCCCAAGGAGACCUCCGAGGACCUCGCCAACGACCUCGCUAUCGAAAACAGCAAGCGCAUCUUCACCGCGCGUUCCAACAUCAAGGAACUCCAGCUCAUCAGCAGCAACCUCGGUAUCCCCAUCACAUCUCCCGCCAUGGCUGGUCGCUUCCCGGUGCUCAGCACCUCUGACCUCCCGAAGGCAUCGGCUGAAGAGCAGUCGGCCACGGCCUCGCCUGCGCGCGGCACCGCCAUGCUCAACAACAUCUUCAAGUCGGUGCGAGUACCCGAGUUCCGCUUCAAAUGGAUGUUCUGGGCAGAGAAGGGUCAGCAAGCCGCGCCCAAGGACAAAGCGGCUUCAGAAGAGUACCUUACCCGCCCCAAGCCGCUUGGAGACCAGAUCGUCUCCGUCAAGGAGUUCUACCAGCACUUCAACAACAUCCCGGUGGAGAACCUGAAGCUGCGAGACUCGAUACACCUCUUCCACCUGGGUGUGAAGCCGGUCUGGGAAGACCCGCGGAAUACGCGCGGCGGCGCAUGGUACUUCAAGGUCAGCAAGGACGUGGCGGCGCAAUUCUGGCACGAGAUGUGUCUGCUUGCGGUUGGCGACGUUUUGCAGGGGGCCGUCGAGACGAAGCGUGCCUCCUUCAACGACGACAUCUGCGGGAUCUCGUACAGCGUUCGCUGGAACGCUGUACAGAUCGCCGUCUGGAACCGGGACGCGGAGAACGAGGAUGGCCGUCAGAAGCUUCUGGCGGUCAUCCUAGACAAGCUGUCAGAGGAGCUCCGGCCGAAGAAGGAGGACAGCUACUGGUACAAGGCGCACAAGGAGCACAAGGGCUUUAUUGAGCAGUAG